AUGUUGGGUUUUAUAGCCAGCUGGUUGACGCCGACGUCUUUGUUCCUCUUCCUCAAUGUCGUCAUCGGCACCAUCUUCCUUAUUUCCAACUUAUUCCCUCCCAAACCACCGCCUCACGACCGCGGAGAAUACUACUCAGCUCCACCACUCCAGCGAAGUCCGUCGUUACUCGACCGGGUCAAGUCAGUUAACUUUUCGACUUUCAAGUUUUCUCUCCCGAACCCGGAUUUCGCUGACGAUUAUCAUCUCCGACAGGAGGAUAACAACUUAGAGCCACACCCGCUCGAGCGAGCACCGUCGAUUCUCGAACGGGUCAAGUCUAUUAACUUAUCCCUCUACAAAUACCCACCUCAAAACCCGGACCCAGUUUACGUCGAACCGUCCCUAACCCGAGCACCGUCGUUGUUACAGCGAGUGACCUCCUUUUGCAGAUCCGACUCCGGUAAACUAAACACAGGAACGGUUCACAACCCUGAAACAGAUGAACCCGGUUCAACCAAACCCGAGCACAACAACAACAACAACAACGUAAAGCAAAUGAAGAAAUCGGCGAGUGAGAAAACAAGGGAAAGAGCCGAAGAAGACGAAGAAGAAGUGGAAAAGAGACGACCGGUGACUACGAGGAUAGAGAAAACGACGUCGUUCGGAGACGGCGACGAUCAAGGCGUCGAUGCCAAAGCCGAUGAUUUCAUCAACCGGUUCAAGCAACAGCUGAAGUUACAAAGGCUGGAUUCCCUGUUACGUUAUAGGGACAUGCUCAAGUCAAGGUCUAGCAACUAA